GAUUCAGCCAUCAUAAGAAAACUCAUAUCCUUAUAUUGCAAUUGAAGAAAUCCACUAGAUAAAUGUCUCUGAUUCCAAGCUUCUUUGGUAAUCGACGAAGCAACGUUUUCGAUCCAUUCUCUCUCGAUAUUUGGGAUCCCUUUGAGGGCUUCCCUUUCUCAAGCUCGGUAGCCAAUGUCCCAAACUCUGUCCGCGAAAUAUCUGCAUUUGCCAAUGCUCGCAUAGACUGGAAAGAGACUCCAGAGGCCCAUGUUUUCAAGGCUGAUCUUCCCGGACUCAAGAAGGAAGAGGUUAAGGUGGAGGUUGAAGAAGGAGGAGUGCUUCAGAUAAGCGGAGAGAGGAGCAAGGAGCAAGAGGAGAAGAAUGACAAGUGGCAUCACGUGGAGAGAAGCAGUGGCAAGUUCCUUUGCCGGUUUAGGUUGCCGAAAAAUGCCAAAACAGAUCAGGUAAAGGCUAGCAUGGAGAGUGGUGUGCUUACUGUGACUGUGCCUAAGGAGGAAGUGAAGAAGCCUGAGGUGAAAUCCAUUGAGAUUUCUGGUUGAUGUUUUGAUCUUGCUGAUAAAUUUAUGAUGUCUGUCUGUGGUGUGAUAAUGCUAAUUCAGUGUUUAUUGUCUCAUGUUUGGAAAUGAAGGGGUGUGU